GGGAGAUUUGUCAUGUGUGAGCAGAUGUGGCCACUGUCUGUGCGUCAACCAUCCUAAUCUGGCCCCUUGGCGUCGCCGACGAAUCUGUGUAGCUUCGCUAACGUGUGACCAGGUUGGGUGGGGACACAGCUGGCUCGCCAGAUAGCUGGCAACAUGACGGAGAGGCCGACCUGAGUGCUCUUUUGUCUUUGUGUCGUCAUUGUCAGGCCUGCAAGCAGCGAUAUCUGUUGACGGAAACGCACGACGCCUUCUGCCGAGAGCGGAGGUGGGAGAGGCCGAAAUUGCCCACGAGAAGGCCGCAGUGGGUGUGUCUGUGCUUCAGGUAGCCUUGUUGAUUGGUGAUCUGUCAUUUUCGUCCCUUCCCCAGCCCCCACAGGAUAGGAUGAUGGCCGAGCAACUUGCGGCCGAACCCUACUCCCAGCCUCCAGUCGCCGCCCCCACCCACCCCACCGCGGCCAACGGCAGCGGCGCCGGACAGCAGCAAGAGCAGCAGCAUGACGAGUCCAUAGAUCAGUUCAACGGCUUCACGGGCAUCGGCCCGGUGCAGUCGGACAUCGGCGGCAACGAGACUCCCCAUCGGUCGGUGUCGCAGGUCGACGUCGUCCCCGGGGGGGAGCCAGAGCCAGAGGAGGGGCCGCAGCGUAAGUCGAUAAGGAGAAGGGGGUGCGUACCAGUGAAAGGGAGGGAGGGCGUCUUAUCCGUCCUGUUGUGUUGUGUGUGUGGGUGUAUGUGUGUGUGUGGUGUAGUUGACAUAGCGUUUACGACUAUCCAGAACGAUGCCACGGAUGAGAGCUACCGGAAACUGGUGGCCCUCAAGGUCAGACACUCUGCCUGCCUGCCGGCCAAGCAGCCAGCAGCUAUGCCCCCAACGACACUGACCCACUGUCUCUCUCUCUCUCUCUCUGUGUGUGUGUGUGUGUGUGAGGAUGGUGCAGACGCUGUAUUGCUCUCGGAUGCCGGAGCUUGACGCGGCGUUUGUGUUCAAGAUAAUCAUGGAUCGGUCCUACAACUCCUUCUGUCUCAUCAAGGGCGGACAGAUCAUGGGCGGCAUCACAUACAGGACGUUCCUCGAACGCGUAAACCACCCACGCCCCAUCCCCCGACCCACCCACCCACCCACCCACACGCCCACACGGCAAAGGCAAACGAGAUGUCGACGUGGCUUUGUGUGUGUCUGUGUGUGUGUAUGGGCGCAGGGGUUUGUUGAGCUGGCACUGCUGGCCAUCGGCCCUGAGGCGCAGGCGCAGUACCAGGACUGCGGGAGCGUGUUGCUGGCGCAUCUCAAGGAGAACCUCAAGAGCCUCCAGAUGGCCGAUGACCAGCGGCUGGAGUGCCUCGUCACGUUCGCCGACAACGGCGCACUCUCCUUCUAUGAGAGACAGGUCAGCCGACCUCACCUCACCCCACCUCACGCAGUGCAAGGGAGUGCGGACACUUUGUUUGUGUGUGUGUGGCUGUCAGGGUUUUUCUUCCCACCUGCGAUGGCCGGUGGAGAACUACAGUGGGCUGAUCACGCACUAUGAAGGAGGUGGGGCGGUGACCAUGGGAUACACCACACCACAUGAUACCAUACCACACCACAUGGGGGCGCUCACCUGCCUGAUUGGUUUGGCUCUUUCUCCCCUGAGCAGCGACGUUGAUGGACUGCCCCAUCAGCCACGAGAUCGACUACAUCGAGCAGCUUCUGCAGGCCGAGCAGGUAGCCAAACACACACACACACACACACAUGAACGGGUGGAGUCACAUGGCGCUUACACUCUGUGUGUGUGUUUGUGUGUGUCUGUCUCUUUGGUGCGUCUCGUCUGUGUCUGCAGCAAGAGGCCGAUGACGGCAUCCACGACCACAAGAGCACCAAGAAGAUCAACAUCCCUCAGUUCAGGUGUGCAAGACACGAACGAACAAGCCGUCCGUUGCUGCAUUUGUGUACCUGCCUGCCUGCCUCCCUGUGUGUGUGUGUGUGUGUGUGGUCUCUGCUGGUAGGCAUGAGUUGCGUCAGAAGACUGCGGGCGAUGCCGAGGUGGUCCUCGCAGAUCUCGAGUUCGACGGUAUAGCCACAACACAACACAGACACUUGACACGGAUUUUCCCCUCUCUGGUGUGUGUCGCGGAUGGCAGACAAUGACAUCCCUGAGGCGUGGGAACUCAAAUACGGCAUUAUGGUGCGCACACACGACCACACACACACACAGACACACACACCACAUCAACCGUCAGCCUGCACGAGUCUCUCCUCGGUUCUUGUGUCUGGUGUUCAGAAUGUCUACAACCAGAUCCUGCAGGAGCGCGUCCGCCUGCAGUCGCUGCCUGACCCAACGUAAAGACCCACCACCACCACCACACACAGACCCAAACACACGCCUCCCUCUGCUCUGUGUCGCUCCUACCUUGGUGCAGGGAACCGACUGACGAUCCGUCCAUCGCCCGAGCCAAGAAGAUGCUGCACGCCCGCUGGGAGGACUACAGCCGCCGGUUCAAGGCCAUGGUCCACUGGUCGGCCGUCAGGCGGGGCUUCAUCACCGGGCACAGCGACGUCACCCGCCCCGUGGGCGUCGACACCCCCGGCGAGGGCCGGUGCAGCGUCUGCUUCGGGCCGGGCUACCAGUGGGACCGCACCAACCCCCUGCUCACCUGUUCGGCCUGCGGGGUUUCCGUGCACAAGCACUGCUACGGCAUCAGCGACCGGGAGUGCCUCAAGAGCCAGCAAGCGGGGGGCCAGUGGCUGUGCCAGCCCUGCCUGUGGAAGCAGAAGCAGAAGUCGCAGGGGCUGCCGGUGCCGGACGGGCCGCUGACGUGCCUGGCGUGUCGGCGGAAGGGCGGCGCGCUGCGCAAGGCGAGCAACCACGAGUGGGUGCACGUGACCUGUGCCCUCUGGCUGAUGCCCGAGGCCGUCUGCCAGAACCUCGAAAAGAUGGAGGGCUGGUCCUUCGAGCACCUGGCAGAAUGGAGGCACAAAGAGGUCGGUUCGCAAACUAACACGACCAAGCCCAGCCCACAACGGCCCAUCUCUCUCCUCUCCCCUUUCGUCAGAUGUGCUCCCACUGCCGCAAUCGCGGCGGGUUUGUGGUCAAGUGCGCCUAUGUGGGCUGCCUGACGAUGGUGCACCCUAUGUGCGCAUGGCGCGAGGGGCUGUUCGUGCGAGCGUUCGAGUCCAACCAGUACCUCUAUUGGGAGGGCAAGGCCGACAAGUGCUUCCCGCAGCUCAAGAUUGAGUACUUCUGCAACAGACACACUCCACAGCCAGCCGGGGGACCCCCGAGGUCAGUGGCCAGGGCGGCGGGGGAAUGCGCGAACGACCCGUUGAGAGUGUCUCUGUGUGUGUGUGUGUGUGUUCUUCCCCUGGUUGGUUCAGGGACACCGAGCAGCAGCGUCAGUUCCGUGAGUCGCUCAACGAGGAGGAAAACGAGAACAUGAUUCAGGUGAGCCUUGACGCACUCUCACCACGCCCCCCCAACCCCCCCGCCCACACCACACACACACACACACAUCCAUCCAUCCAUCCAUAUGUCAUCCCCUCUGUGUGGUGGAUUCCAUGCACACACAGCGUUUCCAUGCCCGCUUUAUCUCUCAGGAGCGUCACGAGGCCGGCGCCCGCCGCGGCUCCCGCCCCCGCAUUCGCACAUCCAGCGACGACGAGGACUGGUCCGAGGCCAUGCACCACGAGGCCCCCAAGAGACGGCGGCAGCGCAGCCGAGACGACCUGGGCAGCGACGAGGACGCGGAGCCACGGGCCCGCAUUCUUGGUGCCCGCACCAAGAAUGCGCGUGGCGGCAGGAAGGACCACCCCUGGGCACACUGCGACUCCUGCGGCAAGUGGCGGCGGCUGCCGGGCAUCGAGUCCCGCGAGUUUGCGGACCUGCAGAUGAUGCACCACUGGGAGUGCGCCAUGAACAGGUGGGACCCCGAGAAGGCCAGCUGCGACGCGCCCGAGAGCGACCCCGGAGGAGGAGGAGGAGCGGGCAGCCGCAAGGGCGGCAGCCGGCGUGAGCGUGACGAGGGCGACGAAGACGCCUUCAUGGACGAGGACGUCUUGAUGCUCGAGGAGGCCAGGGAGAGAGAGCGGAAGCCGCCCAAGCACAAGAAGAAAAAGAAGCGCGCGGCGUCCGCCGAGGGCUACGACGGGCCGCCGAUGGACAUCAACACGGCGCAGCAGAUGUACCCCGAGGCCUUCAUCCCUCUCAGCAACCCCAAACUGCGGCAAAACCCAAACGCAAUCAGACACCGCAUCUGCACUGCCUGCGGGGUGAGCUGAGCCAGCGAUGAGCGUAGCAAAGCAUGGGUGGGACUCAGAAUCGAACGAACGGGUGACUGACUACGUCUUGGUGUGCGUGUGCCGGUGUGUGGUGUGAUUCAUUCAGCAAACUGCCAGUGCUCAGUGGCGCUUCUGGGACAACUACCUCGUCUGCAACAAGUGCUGGAUGCGCAAGCGAAGCGCCAGGAGGCGCGGACUGGUCAGUCAGUGACAACACAAACAAGGUUUCAUGCCCCCCGCUCCCUCCCUUAUAUGUGUGUGAUGUGUGAUGUGUGAUGUGUGGUGGCGUCAUGUGAUGGAUCCAGCCCGACGAGACGGUCAACGCGCAGAUCGCCGCUGAGGCCAUGAAGGCGGCUGCGACGUCGGGCAGCUCCAAGCGCAGCAAGUCCUCCAAGAAAAGGGAUGAGGACGACGACCUCUACCACCCCAACGAGGACGCUGGCGCACCCCCGCCCCCACCAUCAUACCACCACUCACCACGCACCCCCGCUCCCCCACACCACCCCGACCACCACGAGUACCCCCAGCGGCAGCAGCAGCCAUAUGGAUCAGCAGCAGCAGCGGACGUGCCCAACGGCACAGGCGACAUGGGCCUCGGCAUCUCCCAGCACCAGCAGGAGCAUGAGGCGGCCAUGGCCAUGGUGGCUGCGGCUGCGGCUGCUGGGGGCGUCGGGGGCUAUGCCGCUGUGGCUGGGUGGUCCCAGGAGGGUGUGGGUGCUCAUGGGGAGGCCGAGGGCGGCGCAGAGGGGAUGGGGAUGGAGCCCAGCCAGGAUAAGGUAUCGUGACACACACACGGACAGACAGACAGACACACACACACACACAUGAGCACGCCUCGGUGUGGUUGUCUCGUGCGGUGUUCAGGGCUAUUCGGUGGUCCCCGCCCCAGGCGUCAUGGGGGGCGGCGGCAUGGCGGCCGCGUCGCAGCCGGCAUUCCAACACCCACACCCACUCCCACUCCCGCCUGCACACACACACCACGACGCCGUCAUGUGACGACGUGAUUUGACUGUUGCCGAUCGCACACACACACACACACACGCAGCGACCGACCAGCGGCUGUGCUGUGCCCCCGUCAUCUUUUUCUUCUCUCCAUCUUUCUCUAGUAUGUCUGUGAAUUUGCCUGCGUCUGGUGGCGUGGCGUGCGGUGUCUUGACGUCUUGUUGCGACGGCGGGAGGGAG